AUGCAAGUAAAACGCGGCCUUCGCUUCUGGCUAGCGACGACCGCUGGCGUGCUUGCUGCUUUAUAUCUCAUUUCACGAAUCGUGUCCUUCGUGCACAUCUUCGGCGAACAUGCGGGGCGUGUGGUGACGCAGGACGAGGUCUUGGAGGCGUACGAGUCUCGGCAGCCUUUUGGGCGGGAGACGGCGUUUGUGCCUAGGAUUGUUCAUCGGAUUUUUCACAAUUGGAGGGAUCCGGGGAAUGAGGCGCUUCCUGAGAUUUGGGAUGAGAAUCGGAGGUCGUGUGUUGAGGUGAAUCCGGGUUGGGAGAGUUGGUUAUGGACGACCAAGACCUCGCGGGAGUUCGUCGAGAAGCAAUACCCCUGGUUCUUGUCGACGUACGACGACUUCAAAUUCCCCAUCCAACGGAUCGACAGUCUUCGAUAUUUCCUCCUUCGUCACUAUGGAGGCGUUUACAUGGACGCCGACAACGGCUGCAAGGCCUCCUUAGAACCUCUGCGGUACUACCCAGCAUGGGUCGUUGAUGGUGGCCACGGGGCUUUGAGCAACGACAUCCUGGCCGGCGAGCCAGAACACCCGUACUGGAUCUUAAUGACCGACUCUCUGAUUUCGUACGCUUGGAACUAUCCGCUGCCGUACAUCACCAUCAGCUACGCCACGGGCCAGUGGUACGAGACGGAGAUCUGGAACAAGUACUUUCGAGAGAAGGUAGACGACCGGCCGGAGCCUGUUCGUAUCCUGACCGAUGGGAGACCUGGAGCUGCGGAGCCCGUCUUCUUCACAUACUCUGGUGGCGAAACGUGGCAUAACUGGGACAACCGGAUGUUUGGCUGGAUUGGAUCGAAUUUGUUGUUCUUCAUUGUUAUUGUUGCGGGGAAUGUUGUCAUCUUGUCAAUGGCGUGUGUUGCGAUUGCGUAUCGGCUGAAUCGGUGGCUGGGGCGGGAUCAGAGGCUUGUGAAGUAUUGA